CGCAACGUGGCGCGGAGGAAGCGCGCUCUGCUUCUAUUGGCGGUCUAUUCGGGUCCCUUUUCUGUCCGGAUCAGUCGUCCGUUAUCGUCCAUGUUUUAGGCCGUUAUCCGGGAAGAGUUUACGACCUACCGCGGUGCUUCAAGCUAAAUGCAUGGCUUGUGCUCUCCGGAUGAGCCUCCCGAAUCCAUCUCCCCUCCCUCCCGGAACCCAGAACAAGGAUUGGAACGCGAUCCUCAGGCACCAUGCCAGACUCAAGAACGAUCGAGCCAUCCUCGCGACCUUCGCCCAAAUGGAGGCCUUCGGCGCCCACAGCGACAGGAUCGCGUUGCCUGUCGUCCUCAAGGCCUGCGCGGCAUUGCGGGAGGUCGAUCUAGGAAGAAGUGUUCAUUCUUCCAUAGCUGGAACAGACUUGGUGGACGACGCGCGUGUCCGGACCGCGCUCAUCGACUUCUACUGUAAGUGUGGGUUCCUCGACGAUGCAUUCGACCUAUUCGAUGAAAUGGCGAAGAGAGAUUUGGUUUCGUGGAAUACCAUGAUCUCUGGAUGCACUGGAAAUGGGCAGCAUAAAGAUUCGAUUUUGCUUUAUCUUAGGAUGAGAAGAGACGGUCUGAGGCCGAAUUCUGUGACCUUGGUUAGUCUAAUUUCAGCUUGUGCUGAGUUGGACGAGUUUAGGCUUGGGCAAGCUGCGCAUUGCUAUAGUUUGAGGAAUGGGAUUCUUGAUCUGAAUCCGUACGUUGGGACAUCUUUGAUUUGUCUUUAUAGUAGGUUUGACAUACAAUUGUCUCGCAAUGUUUUUGAAGUGAUGAAAAGAAAGAGCACUGUCAGUUGGAAUGCUCUCAUAGAUGGAUAUUUACAGAUUAGUGAUUUUUCUGAAGUACUGCACAUAUUUCUUAAAAUGCUAGUUGACAAGGUGUCUCCUGAUUCUGUGACAUUCUUGGCUGUUUUGCAAUCAUGUGGAGGAAUUGGUUGUUUAACGUUGGCAAAGCAAGUGCACCAAUUUGUUGUUAAAUAUGGCUUCUCCUCAGAUGAGUUUGUGGGGAAUGCAUUGAUCGACAUGUAUGGUAACUGUGGGCAUUCUGAAUAUGCAAGUCUUGUUUUUCAAAAUGGGCUAACAAGGGAUGUUGCCUCCUGGAAUGCUAUGAUAUCUGCAUUCAGAAAUUGCUUAUUCCAUACUAAAGCAUUUGGUUUGUUUAGCCAAAUGCAAUUUGAAACUGUGAAACCAGAUACAACUACCAUUUCAUUGAUGUUUUCCAUAUGUGCUCAAUGUGGCUGCAUUAUGGGAGGCCGACAAUUGCAUGCCUAUGCCAUAAAAAGAGGAAUGGCAUGUAACACUUCUCUUGAUAAUGCAUUACUGUCUAUGUACGUGGACAUGAACAUUAUUGCAUCUGCCAUCGAGAUUUUUAAUGGGAUGGUUAAUAAAAAUGUUAUUUCUUGGAACAUAUUGAUCAUGGGAUUGAUCAAUCAUGGGUUGACAAGCCAGGCUUGGGAUCUCCUUAGGAAAAUGCAACAGACAGAAACUAAACCAAACUCAUUCUCUAUGGUCUCUCUUCUCGCAGGGUGCAGAGACAGCUUGCUCUUGAAUUUUGGCAGGUCUAUUCAUGGUUAUGUGAUAAGACAUGGCCUCGAUAUCAACCCAUCUCUCUGCACUGCUCUUUCAGAUAUGUACAUGAACUGUGAGCAUGAAUUAGCUGCAGCUCAUAUGUUUUGGGGGUACUCCGACAGAGAUUUAAUAUGUUGGAAUACUAUGAUUGCGAACUAUACUCAAAAUGGAGAACCCAAUGAAGCUAUUACUCUGUUCUACCAAAUGCAAUUGGAAAGGGAACCAGAUGCAGUUACGAUGAUCAAUAUUCUUCCUUCGUGUGCACAAUUGGGGAAUCUUUUGCUAGGAAGAAGCAUUCAUGCUUAUGUCAUCAGAAGGGAGCUUGGUCUGCCACUCAACAAUUAUUUGGGCAAUGCUCUUCUUACCAUGUAUGCAAAAUGUGGAAGCAUAAGGAGUGCCGAGUUGAUAUUCAGGAACCUAGUCCAAAGAGAUAUCAUCUCUUGGAAUGCAAUGAUUGCAGCAUAUGGUAUUCAUGGGCAAGGUGAAGAUGCACUUAGCAUAUUCUAUGAAUUAGUAGAUGAUGGUCAGAGACCCACAGGUGUGACUUUUGUUUCUCUUUUAUCAGCCUUCAGUCACUGUGGUAUGGUUGAAAAAGGAUGGAAAAUUUUCCAUGCCAUGAAUAAGGAUUAUAACAUACCUCCUGAUGUUGUUCAUUACGCAUGCAUGGUAGACCUUCUUGGUCGAGCAGGCAACCUUGAUAAAGCUAAAGAAGUGGUCCACCUAAUGCCCUUGGAACCAGAUGCUAGUCUUUGGAGAGCUCUUCUUAGUUCUUGUCGAGUAUUUCACAAUGUUGAACUUGCAAGUGCAGUUGGAGAAAAGCUAUUUGAAUUAGAACCCAUGAAUAUUGCAAAUUACAUACUUCUCUCCAAUAUUUAUGCUGCUGUUGGAAAUUGGGAAGAUGUCAAUACUCUGAGAACUAACAUCAAGGAGAAAGGUUUAGAAAAGACUCCAGGUAAUAGUUGGAUAAACAUAAAAAACCAAGUCCAGUCUUUUACUGCAGGAGACAAAUGACACUGUCAGCCUCAGUAGUCACACAUGCAACACUAGAACUGUUGGUGCAUGAGCUUGUGGAAAAUGGCUAUAUACACCUUAUUCAUGUUCGAUGUCUCAGAAUGUGGAGUUUGAGCAAAGGGAUCAUUCUAAUUUACUACUGUGAGAAUCUAGCAACUUAUAUAAGCAUUUAAGGUUCACAAAGUAUAUGCUAACAGAAAACAUCACUGCCCUGGAAAUCUUCACAAGAUUCUAAGCCAUUUUAUUGUGCCAUCAGUUAUGUAACGUCUCGUUAUUCAUAAACUAUAAGUGGGAAUUCACCAAUCAAGAUGUUCUUCCUAGUGAAGCCGGCGAAACACAUAAUCAUUCAGGAACAAAAUUAAUUUAUUUGCAUCUUGACUUCUGAGACUGAAAACUUUUAAUUAUGCGGCCCCCCUAGAGCCAGCCCCACGGAUAUGGAGGGAGGUAAAUGCAAGUACACAACUGAAAGCGUAUGGCCAGGACGCUAACCCCAGGCAAUGACACCCCGAGGAUCGAACCCUAGACCUCUCGGCCACGAAACUAUGCGCCCCCAGAUGUGCUACACCCUGGGGACUUGCAUUUAAAUUUCUCAUGCUUAUACCCUUUGUGUACCUCAUCCUUUCAUUGCUAGUUAAUGAAUUUUGCUUAUAUUUUGUUAUGAAAUCUAUUGUAUCCUCUCAUUGCUAGUUUAUGAAUUUUGCUUAUAUUUUGUUGUAAAAAUUUGGAUUCCAAUCUGUCUGGACAAUACCUGGGAUCUGAUUCCAAAGAACAAUCUGCUCAAUUAAUGCAUGAUAUAUCGAAUAGUUUGCUUAUAUCUGGAGCUAAUUUCAAUCAUUAGUCUACUAAAUGAGGACCUAGAUUUUUCUUAUUUUGGCCAUAGGAGAUAUUAAUAUUCCUAGAUUAAAAGGCUGGAAAAUGUAACAGUUCUCUAAAAGAUUGCAGUAGUAAUAGUGAACUCCGAUACUGCAAUUUGCUGUGCAGUAAUAUAUCGCCACAGAUAUAUUUGUCUAUUAUAGGUAUUAAACAUGUUCGAGCAAGGUAUUUAGGUCUAAGUUUUUAGAAAGGGUUGGACAAUAUGGUUACUAAGUAUUGGUCACCUAAGUGGGAGAACAGCAUAAGUUUAUAACAAUCCAUUAUAUUUGCCUGUGUUUUCAGUAAUCUGUUUACUAGGUUUUUUAAAAGAUUUACAUUUUGGUAUCAGUGAUUUUCAUAAUUUCUUGAGCUUUGGGCUAGAUAUUGUGAAAGAUACAUGAACCACAAGGAAUAGUGGAAAUUAUAUCUGUAUUUUCCUCCAAAUAAUAUUGUUUUCUUUUUCUCAAAAUUAACUCAGUAUGAUGCUUGUGGGGUUUUAAAAUAAAGCACAUGGGAUGGAAAGAAAUGUUUGUAAAUUGCAUACAUGUCUCUUUUGGAAUUCAUAAACCAGUAUGAGUUGGUGGUUCUAUAAUAUUUGUUGUUGCAUUUGAGGUCUUGCUAAGAAUCAUGAACUAGUUCAUUCGACAGAAUCUAAGGCCAACUAGACUUCCAUCUUUUUUGCUACCACUACAUUUGGUCAAAGACAUUAUGUUUAUAAAGGUGCUAAACAAAUGC